UUCAGGAUGAUUAUUUCCAGGCCCUUUUCUCUCUGUCGGGUCCUUCGCCGCGAUGCUGUCGGGGAAGUUUUAUUAUUAUCUGGGAAAUGAUGCUGCUUUCGGUGAUGGAUAAUUCGUAGUAAAGCCGCUGCUGCGGUUUUUUUUUUUGUGUGUGUGUGGUUUUUUUUUUUCUCCCUUCCCUCCUUCCUUUCAUUCGUCUUUGUGGCCCGAGCAGCGCCGGGAAAAUUCCGUUUCUUCUGCAACUUGUUAUUCUGGAGCCAGGCCUGCCCCCCUCGCCCUGGGGCUGCCCUUCCCGCACAGGAGGGAGUAGAGAGCUGAAGGGAAUAACUUUCUCAAAGCUGCACUGGUGUUAAAGAGGAAACCAGGAACUAAAGGCACUAGAAUCAGCAAAGACACUUCUAGAGAAAGUGGAGAAGGUAGAGAAUGGAGCUGCAGACUCUACAGGAGGCUCUGAAAGUGGAAAUUCAGGUUCACCAGAAAUUGGUUGCCCAAAUGAAGCAAGAUCCACAGAUAUUUUUUCUUUCUAAUCAGAACGCUGAUUUGAAGAAACAGCUUCAUGAACUUCAAGCCAAAAUCACAGCUCUGAGUGAGAAACAGAAAAGAGUGGUGGAACAGCUUCGAAAGAAUUUGAUAGUGAAGCAGGAACAGCCUGACAGUAAGUUUCAAAUACAGCCCUUGGCACAGUCAGAAAACAAACUACAGACACCACAGCCGCAACCACUACAACUACAGCAACAUCACCAUCAACAACAGCAGCAGUCUACUGCACCCUCUCCAAACGUGAUUGGAUCACAGAAAACUGUAACUACAGCUUCUAUGAUCACCACUAAGACACUACCUCUCGUCUUAAAAGCAGCAACUGCGACCAUGCCUGCCUCUGUUGUGGGUCAGAGACCUACCAUCGCCAUGGUUACCGCUGUCAACAGCAACCAGAAAGCAGUCCUCAGCACCGAUGCCCAGAAUGCACCAGUCAACCUCCAGACAACAAAAGUCACUGGGCCAGGAGCUGAGGCAGUCCAAAUAGUGGCAAAAAACACAGUAACUUUGCAGGUUCAGGCUACACCUCAACCCAUAAAAGUUCCACAAUUCAUCCCGCCUCCCAGACUUACUCCUCGUCCAAAUUUUCUUCCACAGGUUCGACCUAAACCUGUUGCCCAAAAUAACAUUCCUAUUGCCCCAGCACCUCCUCCUAUGCUUGCAGCUCCUCAGCUUAUUCAGAGGCCUGUGAUGUUAACAACAAAAUUCACACCCACCUCUUUACCCAACUCUCAGAAUUCCAUACAUCCAGUUCGUGUAGUUAACGGGCAGACAGCAACCAUAGCCAAAACGUUCCCUAUGGCACAGCUCACCAGCAUCGUGAUAGCAGCACCGGGUACCAGGCUUGCUGGACCUCAGACUGUACAGAUCAGCAAACCAAACAUUGAAAAACAGACUAUUAAACCACAUGUGGAAGCAGAAGAGAAGCAAACAGAAAGUCGUACAGUUACUCCACCUGCUGCACCGAAGCCAAAACGAGAAGAAAAUCCACAGAAACUUGCCUUCAUGGUGUCUCUGGGACUAGUUACUCAUGACCAUCUGGAAGAAAUCCAAAGUAAGCGACAAGAGAGGAAAAGAAGAACAACAGCAAAUCCAGUUUACAGUGGAGCCGUUUUUGAGCCUGAGCGCAAGAAGAGUGCAGUCACAUACCUGAACAGCACAAUGCAUCCCGGAACACGUAAAAGAGGUCGUCCACCUAAAUACAACACGGUGCUGGGGUUCGGGGCUUUGACCCCCACGUCCCCUCUGUCCAGUUAUCCUGAUUCUUCCCCCGAAAAUGAAAAGACAGAGACCACAUUUACUUUUCCUGCAGCUGUUCAGCCUGUGUCGCUGCCUAGCCCCAGCUCCACAGACGGCGAUAUCCAUGAGGAUUUUUGCAGUGUUUGCAGAAAAAGCGGGCAGUUGCUGAUGUGUGACACAUGUUCACGUGUUUAUCACCUGGACUGUCUGGACCCGCCUCUGAAAACCAUUCCCAAGGGCAUGUGGAUCUGUCCCAAAUGUCAAGACCAGAUGCUAAAGAAGGAAGAAGCAAUCCCAUGGCCAGGAACUUUAGCAAUUGUUCAUUCAUAUAUUGCAUAUAAAGCAGCAAAAGAAGAGGAAAAACAGAAACUACUUAAAUGGAGUUCAGAUUUAAAACAGGAAAGAGAACAACUAGAGCAGAAGGUCAAACAGCUCAGCAAUUCUAUAACGAAAUGCAUGGAAAUGAAGAAUACCAUCCUUGCAAAACAGAAGGAGAUGCACAGCUCCUUGGAGAAGGUAAAACAGCUGAUCCGCCUCAUCCAAGGCAUCGACCUUUCAAAACCCAUAAACUCUGAGGUCAAUUCAGUAGCCAUCUCCAACGGCAUGGACUCCACUAACAAUACUAAUGCUGCCACCUCCACCUUAGCCCCCUCCCCUUCCCAGAGCUGCAUGGUGAACUGUAACAAGGGCGAUGAGACUAAAUAACACAGUGAAGUUAAGAAGGAGCCAAGGGAGGUGGCGGCGAGGAGGAAGAGCAAAAUAACGAAACUCUAGAAAAGCAAAACUGGAUUUCUUCUGGAAAGUGCAGAAUUCUUUAGUUCUUUGAUUCCAGAGAGAGCGUGAAGAUGCUUGUGCCAGGCGGCACCGGAGUUUGCCAAUUGAUCCUUCUUAUUCUGUGUGUUAAUGCAAAGUUUGGACCAUGUUACAUGAAUAGUGCCAGCUGGGGGUUCUUUGCCAGCACCAUGCCAAGUGAAAUAAUAUAUUUACUCUCUCUAUAUUUUACACCAGUGUGUGCCUGCAGCAGCCUCCACAGCCACUAUAGGUUUCUUUUAUUUUUGUUUGGGGUGAGGAGCAGGGAUGAGGGAGGAGAGCAGGUUUCAAAUCCUUAUUUGCAGAACAGUUUGUUUAGCUAGGGGAAAACAAAAACAAGUCCAAAGAGCCUGUGGGCUUUUCCUGUUUCUAAACUCUCAGUACUAUUAAACCAAAAACCCAGAAAUAUAAAUUAUCAAAUCCCAGUGCCCAGAAGGGACAAGUCUAUCAAAUAAGCAGUAUUUACUAUUGUUUAGACAGGAGACAUACAAAAGGAAAGGAAAUGGACUUUUCACUGAGUAACCAGCACAUAUACAGGCUGAGGAUCUACUGUCCCAACAGCUUUGGGUUAAUCCUGUUUCUUCACAUUAAACAACAGACAUGCUUUGCAGAGUUGGUUUGGGUCCUCACACUCAUCCAGAAAGCCUAUGUUGGGAAUGGGAAAAUAGAGGGCCAGAAUCCAGGGUCAGCUUGGAGCAUUGGAUGGAGGUGUCCCGAGAGAAAGUGUGCAUCAAUUACUUGAAAAUGAGAUCCCAACACUUUUCUAUAAACAACAAAGGUAUCCUGAACAAAGUAGCACAUGACCCAGACGUGUGAACUGAACAGAGAAAUGUCCUUUUCUUUCACUUCCUUUCUCUUCUUUUGGUAACAAGAACUAAAUAAGAAAUAGAAAAGCUGUUUUUCAGGCUGACAGUCUAAUUAAAGAGGUAGAUGGGACCUUGCAUGGUAUAGAUUAGAAGUAAUAGUGUCAGUGAGAUACAGUGAGUCUUUGUGAGUCCUUGUGUCAUCGUUUUGGGCACUGUUUUUUUAUGCAAGGGCAAAAUCUUUGUAUCUGGGGGAAAAAAAAAAAACAAACAACUUUUUUAAAUUAAAAAGGAAAAUAAAAGAUAUUGAGGUCUUCCUAGUGUUACUUAAAAUAAGAUCAAGGUAAGAAACAUUGUAAAAAAAAAAAAAAUACAAAAGUGCUAUUUGUUUCCUAAACAAGUGAUUUCUAUUAAAAAGGUGUCAGAACUGGAGAAAAUGCUGUGUACUUAGAAUUUUUUAACACAGACUUUGCUUAUUUAUGAUGACAUUCUGCUGUGUUUGUGUUUUAAAAUCCAAUGGGACAGUUUCCAUAGAUUAUACCAUACAUGCUAUUGGCUAAACUCUAAAGAGAAUCAAAUCCUACAGUGCUGGAUCUCACCGCACCUGGAGGAUCUGCCAGGCUUGUCUCUGCUGUUGCCAUAUCUCCCCCAUUCUUUCAUGCGUUUGUAACCCAGAGAAAAGCAGUUGGCAGCGUGCUUGUUUAAGGGUUUUAUAGUUUUGUGAUACGGACUGAUUAGAGCUUGAGAAUGAAAGACAGUGAGUUGGCUGAACUGAAAUCACUCUCUGUUAUACCCUCUUGUUUAAGGAGUUCAUCUCUUUCGCAUAAUCUUUUCACUCUAGAUAGCAAAGCUUGCCUUGUGCUUCCUGUUAUUGUGAGGUCUGUCUCAGUUUACAGUGUUGAUUCUGGUCACUUAGGGUUGUGUCCCAGAUCUGCCUAGUGUCACUACUGCACAUAAACAUUUGGGCAAACCCCGCUUCCACUGGAAGUACUGGGAAAAGUCCCUUUACUUCCAGUGGGAGCAGAGUCGAGCCACUACACACACACACACACAAUGUGAGGCAGAGGCCCUGGUGCGGUGCCCUUGAGAGCGUGUGUUGGGUGGUGAGCCAGACCUGCUCGGCUGUUUCUAGUGGAAGAUAGAAAAGCUUUGGAUCUCAAGGAUGUAUUUCUGAGCAAGAAGUGAACACUCCAGACACUACAUAACCUGAGAGAGUCUCUUUGCUGCCACAGCCAAGUACGCUUCUGCGGGAUUCUUGGAGCUGUUUUCUUCCCUCUCCUUUAGGUUGCCCUUCUGCCCUUUAUUAAGGACUUUUAUUCCUCCUGCAGGAGUGUGCACUAUUUUCAGCUCUGAGCUCAGAACUGGCAUUCAGAGUUCUCACAUUUGUCUGUAGUUGGGAAAGUGACUCUUACGUGCACUUCUCAGCUGAACCUGUGAUAACCUCGACUCUGUCUUUUGAUGUUUGAGUUCUGUUCUGGAACUAGGGGAGCUGGAGGGGUAAGAUAGCACAGGUGGCAGGGAGACAGCUGGGCAGGCGACGUCAAAACUGAUCAAACUAAAAACGGCCUUGCAUCAACCCAGUUACCAGUGGGGGUCAUUACCACAGUGCAGCACUGGGCCAGCAACGUGUAACAUUUAAACAAGGGACUGUAUUUCAAGGGAUGAAGAGGAAAAACAAACUGAUCAUGAGCCUUCUUUCUUUAGAAUAUGAGCCAGCAGCUAACGGCCAGAUACUCGGGAGAAAGUGCCAUUUUGGCGAGGUUAUUCUCUAGUUGGCCACUAGGGUAAACCUUAACAUCAUUUUCUGAGGCAUCGAGUACGUUCCUGGAUAGGUGCGCUGAGUCUUUGUGAUUCCCAUGUUCUUAUUUCUAGUGUUCAGAGCUCUCUGGGAAGCACCACACUAUUUGGGGAUAGCAAGCUAUGCCUGAAGACUUGAUAGCCCUUGUGUUUUCUUUGCCAGUUCAGGAGGGGAUGGAAGUGAAAUACACUGGUAGCCAUAUUUAAGUUUGAGUGCAGUUAACCAGCUAGGACAUGUUAAAAGAGCUAUUACUGCUUUUCUGAGGCAUCUGCUUGUCUCCAGAAUCCAAGUAGAGAGGUAUAGACUUUUAUGUCCCUUUUGUUCAGCAUUUGUGUUCCAGACUGUAAAAGGAUGCCUUUAGUUAAUCAUUACCUGUCAGAGAAAUUAUCUUAACUUAGACUUUUUGAUGCUGCUAAGUAGUUUUCCCCCUCUCUCCCACUGAUCCUCUUUGGAUGCUUUCCGUCCUGGCUCUGCAGUGGCAUCAGUCAAUAGACAAGGAGCAUUCCCAGGGCUGCACUGACACUGGCAAUGAUGCUGCUACAUAGACACAAAUAAAUUGGGGUUAUCUCUGCCUGAUUAGCAAUACCAGGGUGCAAGAGGAAUUGGCAUUUGCUAAAUACAGAGGAACUUUUUUUUUCCUAGCUGCUCUAAGAGGUUCCAGGCAAAGGAGAAAUUUAAACUCUUGACAACUUAAAGCUCAAGCUUGUCUUCUAGGUUUGGGUUGAUCUGUUUUUUUUUCUCAUGUAAUGUUUGAGUUAGAGUGAGUUUGUACUAAAACUUCUGCUCUUUGGGAAGCUGACAUAAUGACUGGCGUUUUGUAUUUCCAAACCACCAUCAAGAUAUUAACUAAUUCUUAUGUCAUUGCUUGUCAUUGGUGGGAAAUAAGUGGCUUUUAAAUCUCUGUUAUAAAGGAGGAGAUGAGACCACAGAGGAAGCUUAUACCAGAGACGGUCCUGGCUCUCAGCCCAGUGCUAAGGGCUUUAAGAAGUCACCCUGCUUCUUUGGUCAGAAAUAGAGCAAGCUUUGCAGAAGUAGUUUUUUCCCUUCUCCUUGCAAUCUGUUCUCUAAACAGCUGGAAAGGUGUGUUGUGGUCAGAGUGGGAAAGUGAGCAUACGACCUGGCUAGAAGAAUUAGUAUUAUCCUCAUUGCCUCCAUUUAGAGCCAGCAGCGGUUUUAGUGCUGUACAAAAUGUGAUAAAGGCAAUGCUGCUAGGGAUGACUGGCAGGUGGGGUGAGUAGCACGGAUGAUUCUUCGAGGACAUCAUUAGCCAGGAGUUGCCAUGUUGGUAGGAGGAACUAACGGUUUGCAUGAGCAAAAUAAGGACUUUGUUGCAAGCAAGUCUCUGUCCAUGGGGAUAUGAAUUAAAAGCCAUUAACCUAGAAAUUAAAGAGGUGAUAGUUUUAUGGGCAGACCUGUUGGUUUUGUUGUUGGUAGGAAAAACAAUAUCGUAUUUUAUCCUUCCUAGCUGACCAGGCUUAAGAAAGCAAAUCUGUAUUCCAGCUGUCUAGAAAUGUGAACCCUAAUUGUGACGUCCUUGGCUUCAAAUCAUCUUCAUCCCUGUACUGUUGCAGAGACAGCCCCGAAAAGCAGCAUGGUCAGCAUUGAGGAGAACCCAGAGUGAAACCUCCCUCUUAGCCCCACCAGGCUGUGGCAGCCCACAGUAUAGGGAGUAAACUAAAAUUCCCUUCCCAUGUGGAUACAGUGGAAAAUAUUUGUGAAUUUGCAGUGCACAUGUUUCUCUCUCUUUUUUUUUUCCCCAGCUGGGUUGCACCCUGCCAUCUUUGCUUCUGAAACACUAAUGUUGAAUACAUGUUUUUUUAAUAAAACAUGCUUUUAAAAUAUCAUAUUCAGAUGUCAAACCAAAAUUCACUCUUUUACUGAGGGCCUGUCUUGUUGAGCUGCUCAGAUAACCACUGAAAUAAUUCCUUGUGGACCAUGCCCCUUUGGGCAGAAUUUGUUGUGUCUUCUCAGAACUGUUUUGACCCUUCUUCACCUCCAUUUGUCCUUCCUUGGGAUUCUGAAGAUCCAGGGCAAGUUCAACCUUGCUGGGUUACUGCAGAGAGUUUUGUGACAAGUGUGUAGAAGAAGAGUCAGGAACCUGGAGAAAGAGGAAGAUGUUUUGUCGUGCAGCUAAUUCAUUUGGCGCUUAGGCUUGCCUGGCCAACAAACUACCUCAGCAAAGGCCAUCCCCAAGCACUAUGUGGAUUCUGUAGUUUCUGGCAUUCAGAAGGCAAGAGGUCUCUCAAGAACCCUUCCAGCAGCCAGCUAGGUCCUGGUCUCUGAGAGCACGCGAGCAAGCCUCGCAGUGACACACCGGUGGAUUCUUGGUUUCAGUGGUCAGACCUGGACCAGGGAAUGCCCUAAAAAUCAGGUGGGAUCAGGAAAACACAAGAGCUGCAGACAUCUUGUCUCCAGGUGAUUGCCGUCUUACUCAGAUCCUUCUUUAAGCCUCAGUCCUGUUUGUAACACCUACAGAAUGGAAUGUAAUACUUGAAAAAUAUGACUCUCUUUCUCCUUUACCUUUAGCUCCCAUUUCUCCCGUGUUUAUCUUUUAUCUGGGACAAAAACUUUCUGCAUCAUUGUGUCUUGUAUAGGCUGAGCACAUAGUUGAAACUUGCCAAUAAAGAAAAUUAUUUAUACCAUGCACUGGUAAGCUUGGUAAUUACAGACCCAUGAAAAGACAAACACCUCUCCUAGAGGUUAAUUUAAAAUGUGGGCUUGUUUCAGAAAACCAAGACCUUACCUGUGUGAGGGUCUGUCUCUAUCCCCUGUCAGUAUUACUAAACUACCUGAGUAGUGAACAGCAAACAGGCCUGCCGAGAGCAUCGGUGCUGUGAACAUCUCUGUGUGAGUCCCUGGAGUGUGUCGCACGAGAGCAGCCAGGCCAGGGCUUCUCACCACUCACCCCCCCUCCCCGCCCCGGGCCAGAUCUGCGUGCUGCAGGGACAAAGGAAAGGACAGAAGCCUCUUUCGAGAAGCAAGGGCAGUGAGAAGGGGUAUGGGGCUGGAGACUGGAGAAGAGAGGAAGUGGGAAGAGCAAAGGAAAUUAAAAUUGUGUGAGGUAAAACAGAGCAGAGAGAAGAAAUGGAAAGAGAUGGGAAGGAGGGAAAGCAAGGGUAGGAAAAAUCCAGGAGUGAAACAGGGCUCUCUUGUGAGAGACAGGUAUUGCUGAAGUUGCAGGCUCUGAAAGUUCAAUGGAAAGACUAGAGCAAAAAGGCUCAUUAUCCUACCUCGGUUUCUGGUCUGGGGUGAUCUGUAUUCCAAAAGGACCAAGUGUGGUGGGAGAAAAGAGCUGCUUGGCAGCAGAGUGGGAAUGAAGUGGCACUAAGUCAUCCCUAGCUCUGCUUCUGGUGCCAAGUGAUCCCAUCCUGACGAGAGCCGCCUUUGACUUCUCUGCUACGUGGGAUAAGGCUGAUCAAGCAGACCUUGUGGAGCAGCCAGAGCCCACUCUGAUCUGGACCACAUUAAUUAAAAAUUUUCUGGGCUAGAAAUACUCCUGAGACUAGCUAAAGGUUCGGCUGUGCCAGUGUGGUCACAGCUUCCUAGUUCAAGUGUCACCAUCAGUCUAGUUGAAACCAGCAUCAGCUUCCAGAGCCCUCAGCCCCGAGUGAGUGGAGGAGAUGACGCCAGGCAGGACCUGUCACUCAGGUACUUCUCAGCCAUUUCUUGGAGUAUCUGUGCAAGAUUCCUGCUCUGUCACAUCUGGCAGUUGUGUGCCAAAACGCCUCUGUGCAGCAGUGCCUCCCUGUUUUCUUAGGAUCUGGUUUCUUUAGGGACACAUGCAAAGGGGCGCUUCACCCGUGCAGGUAGGCAGAGCCAUGUGGUGAGCUCAGCGUAGCCCUCCAGGAGCUGAGGGUAGCAUCAAGGCUACAUUAAGCAGUAGCACACAGGGCACCCUCCUGGGAGAAUGGCUGUCCCAGCUCUCGUGUGUUAGCAGGUAGUAAGCUCUGUGUCUGUUCUUCUUCACUCCCUAGUACCCAAGCAAGUGUCAAAUGCUUCAGACAGAGAAACUCAGCCCAGUCCCUGUCUUAGGAAGGAAGAAGUACUUAAGGGCAUGUUUACUGUCAUCAGGAGUGCCGAGGGAACUCAAAAGCCUUGGAAGCUUGGCUCCUGGGUGGAGGAGGUGGCACGGAAAGGCAGGAGCAAUGAGCAGUAUUGGUCUGCUGGCGCUCAGCUCAGCAGAGUUUUCACCACCUGGGGAAUCUUAAUCUUUUUCCUUUAUCCUAAAUUUACACCAGCAAAUGUAGACCUCGACCAAUUCCUGCCCCUUUGUCGCCUGCCGCCUUUUAGCUGCAUCGCUGGAAAAGAAAUGAACUACUGUUGCCUCUGAGCUGUGAGUAAGCCCUUUUCUCAGUGAGCAACUGGAACGGUGUUGGAGGUGUAGCUCAGGUGGGGAAGGGAGGCAGUGGCAGACACAGGUCCCAGCGCUGGCACGGGCUCAGCGCCAGCCUUGGUUUUGGAUCCCAGGCACUGAGGGUUGAUACUGCAGCAGCACUGGGACGACGCUGUGCACGUGCAAGCACGGGCAGGGGCUCCCCUUGCUUGAUGUCCUGCUCUUGGCCUCCCAGGUGGGGUGUGCCAAAAUUGAAGGGAGAGGAGGGCACUUAUGUAAAAAAGAAAGCAAGCAAGCCCUCCGUGUCUUGCAUUCCCUUCUGUAGAGCGGGUACUGGCAGUUCUGACAUGGCGAGAGCUGUUUUUUGUGGGCUGCGGGCACCCGGGAGCAGGCGCUGUUGAAAGAAGAGGUACAGUCGUGCUCCGUGCUGGGUGCGGCAGGAGGCUGCUUGUUUCUGCUUGAUCUGGGCUAAUGUGUAAUUUCUAAUGAUAGUCUCAUACGUUUCUUUAAUUAUCACUGGCAUCAAAACAGUGACUGACUCUAGAGCCAGGAGUAGUGUCUCACCUGUCAGCUCUCCCUUCCAGAAGGUACAUUGUCUCAGAGUCGAUCCUGAUGCCACAUGUGACAGGCAGCAAAGACCCUCCUUAAGGAAGGUUUUUGCUACCAUGUGAGCCCUGAGGCUGGGGCAGCUUCCUAGCAGCCCCACACAACCAGAGCCAACAGGCAGCCAUGUCUCAUGAGCUGCUUUGCUCCAGUUACAGCUGCAGGGCCCCCCCCAAGAACCCUCUUACGCUGGCAGAGACAUCUUGGCCGCUUCUCAUAGUCCCACAGAAGCAAAGCACGGGUUGCAAACUCCAGUAAUCAAAGAUGAAGCAAGAUAACGGGGGAGAUUGCUAGUGCCAACCUGUUCAGGCUCCUGCAGAGGAAGGAAACAACUUUGCUGCAUCAACAGCAGCGGAGCCUGUGGCGCAGAGAAGCGAUGGUGAGCUGCUGCUUGCCUGGGGUUCUGGUGCAGCAGUGGGGUGGCUUCCCACGCGGUGUUUUGUCUUUUGGGGGCUGACCGGCUCUAAUCUGCAAACACCCACUGUGUCGUCCGCAGCCGAGGUCGGGCGGGUCGUGAAGGCAGCUCUGCUUGAAUAGAAAAAAUACUCAGGCCGCGAUCACGGCUUCACGUUCCUGCCAUCGUGCUGGCACCACCUCAGUAGACUUGUUGCUACCACCACCCCGCCUGCGUGCCCUGCUUCGUCCCGUCCCCCCACACCCCAGCGUUUCACCUGAGACCAAGCUGUAAAGCGAGAGCCCUGGCUUGGGGUCGGACCAGGAGCUGAUGCUGAAGGGUGCCGUGGCCGAGCCCCGGUCCCUCCCCAGCCUGCCCAACUUCUCCAGGUGCUUUUGGUGGUGACCCCCCCAGUUCUGGCAGUGCAGCCCCCCUGCAGCCGCGGGCCUGGUGCUGCGAGGGGAUGGUGGCAGCUUCUCUCCUGGCCGGGUUUCCACACGGCGAAGCCACAGCUCUGCCCUCGGUGAGCCGGUGCUGCCCGCGCUGCCCCUCUCCCCACCCGUCUACUGUCCUUGCAGGCCCUGGUGUAAAAUGCCCUUUCUGACUGGUAAUGCUCUGUUGUCACAGAAUCACAUCAUGAGAACGCCGACUUGUGAGCUGGUUUGGGUUUUUUAAAUAUCUCUAUUUUUUUUAGCCUGAUGCUCAUAGUGAUCUGCAGUCUCUUUGCUGCCUUCAAGUCCCUUGUGGUUUCAGUUUUGGUACAUUUGUGUUUAGAUUUUAGCAAAUUAAAGUUGGGGGGGGAGGGGGUACAGAUCUGAUCAAUUUGUAUUUAUUUAUUUUAACAUUUUACUAAAUAAAACACAAUAAAAU